CUUAUAUUGGUGCUCCAACCCUGCGUUCACAUGUGUUUCUAUAGUUUGAAUAAUUUUGAAUUUAACAGUUGUUUACAUUUUUGACAGUUAGUUAUCAAGUAGACACAAAAAAAUAAGGAAGAAUUUUAUAAAUGAUUGUUAAAAAUGAGUAAGAAAAAAGAAGAUGCAAUUGAAAAGUUGUCUGAUGCAAUAUGUGUAAUACGAAAGUCUUUGACAUGCAGUAUUUGCCUUGGACUUUGUACUGAUCCUUAUACUCCUCGAUGUGGACAUCCAUUUUGUCAAAAAUGCAUUAUUGAAGUAAUGGGAAAAAGGAGUGCUCAAUGUCCAAUGUGUAAUGGCGUAUUAACACGAAGAACUCUGAUCCGAAACAAUCAGUUAAAUAGUAUCAUUGAACAUUUGCACAAAAUCGAAGAUGCCAUUAAAAUCGAUAUUAAUUUAGGAAUUGCUGAUUAUGAAGCUUCCACUCUCGACAGUGAGUCUACUGAUAAAAAUAUGUUAACGAAGACUUUAAAAAUUCAGGGUACAAAAAGUUGUAAUAAAAUGAAGUGCUUGGAUAUAUGUAACACAAGGAACAGUCAGUUAACAAAUGUUAGUAAAUCGAAUGUAAAAAACUCUCAUAUAAUUAUAAAGCCUAAAAAAUAUGAAGGAAUGAAUAAUUCCCAUAACGUUAAUUUUGAAAACAAUUUUACAAAAAAUGUCUUUGUCCCUGAACAUAGUUCUAACAGUUCUUUUAAUGGUAUAGGUGAAAUUAACUGUUCAGAAGAAAUUAAUAAAUUUACAGCUAAAGAUGAUAAUAGCAGGAAUAAAAAAUCCAAUUCUGCUAAAAUUUUACAGCCGCAGAGUUUGACUUUAGCAAAAGACUCUGAGAGACACUCUUUUCAAGAUCAACAGUUUGAAAACGUAAUUGCAACAAGAAGUAAACUGGAUGGAAUCAUAAAAUGCCCGGAGACUCAUAAGCUUGUACCAUUUAAGAAACUAGGCAGAAUGUUUAGAAAGCAAAAACAAAUUCCUUUUUAUUAUAUUAGUAAAUUAAGUAAAAUUCAGAAUGAAGAUAAGGGGAAGGAUAAUUCAAUUCCUAUUUUAGUUCAGCGUUCCAAAGAUCUUAAAACAAAUUUUUGUGUUACAAACUUAUCUGAUUCUGGUAUUAGUAAAACAAAAGAAAAUUUAAGUACAGACAUCUCAAAAGUAAACGAUAGUAUACAAAAUUUUCACCCUGUUGAAAUGGAAACGUUGGAAUUAGUAUUUCCUCAAAAUGAUUCCCAGUUAAAAGAUUUAAGUCUAGACGUUUCAAAAGUAAAUGAUAACAUUCAAAGUUCUCAUGCCGUUGAAUUGAAAAAAUUAGACUUAAUUCCACCUCAAAAUGAUUCACAGUUAAAGCACCUUUCAAUUGAUACACCUGAAGAAAAAAGAGAAUUUCUAAAUUCAAGAAAUGAAGUUAAUAAUUCUCAAGAAGAAUCUAAAUUCCAUCAAAGUGAAAAAUAUAAAAAAAUUUUAGAUGAAUCUGAUCUUGAUAUUAAUACGGAACAAUUUAAAGAAUUAGAAAAUUUACCCCAUUUCACGGAAAAUAUUAUUUCAGUAGAGACUGAAAUAAUGAAAGAAAAAAAUGAUAGUGAAAAAUUCCCACAAAACUCAGACAGUAGUUCAAUUAUCCCAUGCUCUCUUAACCAGCCAUUUGAAAAACCACCUGCUCAUACAAUUAAGUCUUUUCAGACUAAUUCGCUCAGUCCGGAAUCGGAGGAUCUUGCGAGUCAUUUCUUUGCAGACGUUAUUGAAAAGUCUAAAGAUAUUCGAAGAAAAUCUUGUGUAAAUGCUGUAACGAGAAAUGAAGAAACUUCUAUGCAAUUGAAAUCGGACUUGAUGCUUCUUACACAAGACAAAACAGAUCAAAAUGUUAGUCAAGAAUUAAUCACCCAACAAAUAAUUACAAGCAAUCGUGCGAGAAAUAUCGAGAAGCAAGAAACUUCUUCUCUUGUUAAAAAAAUACAAAAUUCAAGCGUAGCAGAACUUUCGCAACUUUUCACUUUUAAUGAUAAAUUCAAUCAAAAUGAUUCUUUAACUAAUGAAACAAACAAAAAUAAAAAAGAAAAAAAACAAACACAGCCUUAUGAUAAAGAUGUAUCUUAUGUUUCUGAAAAAGCAGAUUUGUUGAAUCUGUCGAAUUUAUCAAUGAAUGUUUCGGAAGAACAAAUGAUGCUUGAGGAUUUUGAGAAGCAACUUUUUGGAGUAAAAACUUGCCAAGAAAAAUGUGCAUCUCUGUUUCCCGAUAAUAUUAAACAAUCAAUUUCAACAUUUGAUGCAAAUGCUGUUGAUUUAAGAAGUUCACAAAAAUCUUUAUCAGAUCAUGACUUCGAAAUAAAUACAUUUGAGAAGAAGAAACCAUCUCGGUUUCCCGAUAAUAUUAAACAAUCAAUCUCAACAUUUGACGCAAAUGAUGUUGAUUUAAGAAGUUCACAAAAAUCUUUAUCAGAUCAUGACUUCGAAAUAAAUACAUUUGAGAAGAAGAAACCAUCUCCCCAAACAGGAGUUAAAAGAAAAUCGUGUCCUCUUUAUCACAGUACACCAAAAGUUUUAAAAUUAGGAGAUAAUUCACGAAUGCUUACAACUUCUUUAAAUGUUGGAACAUCAUCUGAAUUUCAAAAUUGUGGCACUCUAUGUAAGGAAUCAACCACAGAAAAUUUUUUUCAAAAAAAAGAAAAAUUAACUUUUGUUUGUAGUGGUUUGUCAAGUUCACAAAUUCAAAUGGUAAGACAACUGUCUGAAUUAGUUAAUGCAAAUUUUAUCAGCACAUUUAAUUCUACCGUCACACAUGUAAUCGUUAAAGUCAUUGGACAGCGAAAUACUACAGAAAAAACUUUAAAAUAUUUACAAGGAAUUGCUUAUGGAAAAUGGAUAGUUACCAUAGAUUGGGUGAAUGAUAGUUUGAAAAAUCAAAAGAUGCUAGAUGAAGAUAAAUAUGAAGUUGUUGAUAAUUUAACUUUAGAAGAAGGUCCAAAAAAAUCAAGAUUACGAACGAAAAGCAUUUUUGAAGGAUUCAUCUGUCUGUGUCAAGGUCCAUUUAAUGAUGUUUCAGUCGCUGAUUAUUCGGAUUUACUUACUCAUAUGGGAGCUAAAAUUUUGCAAGGAAUGGAAGAUUUUAUUGAUAGUAAUUAUAAAAAUAAGAGGAAAAUUAUUAUUUUGCAAGCUGAUCAUUGGACUGAUAAUGUUAUAAAUAUUGAUUGAUUCAGAUUGAUGACUGCAAUAAGCCAACAAAAUUUAAGGACAAUCCAUCAAAGCGUGUUGGAGAUAAUUUGUACAUAAGAUUUUGUGACAUACACACAAAUACAUCUGGACAUUUGUUUAAAACUUAAAAUGUAUACAUUCUGGAUAAAAAUUAUACAACCCAUUUUAAAAAAAUCGUUACCAAUACAGAGCUUCCCCCUUCCGAGAGGAGAGGAAGCAAUAUAAAAAUAAUGUUAUUUAUAGAAAGAUUUUCUUUAAUUAAGUUUGAAGGAUUAUUAGAUAUUGAUGAUGAAAAUGGUGUUACAAAGGUAGGUAAUAUAAAUAUUUCAUAUUGUAUAAAAUUACUAGAAGGAACUUAUGCCAAAUUAAAUUUAAAUCAAAAAGGAAUUGUUGAUUUUAUAUUAAAUGCAGUGGAAGAUUCUUCUACUGAUGGUUCUAAAUGCUUAUAUGUAAAUGGUCCUGGAGGUUUUAAAAAAAAACUUUUGUACACUACCUUAUGGCACUUAUUAGUGAGUAAAGAAAAAACUGUUUUCAAUAUGUCAUUUACAGAAAUUGUUGCGUCCUUACUUCCAAGUGGUAAAACUGUUCAUACAUUUUUUGGGUUACCUGUUCCACUGUAUAGUGAUUCAUCUUUAAAUAUAAAAGUGUGGUUAGUAAAAAUGUCGUCUCUCUGAGAGCACAAAACAGUAACAUGAUCUGUAACAAUUCUAGAACAAAUUUGUAACAAUUUGAUAACAAAAUAAAGUAAAAAUUUUAAUUCUGUAACAAUUUUGUAACCGAUCUAUAACAAUAUUUUAGAAUUAUAGAAAUUUUUUUUGUAUCAGUUUAAUAAAAGUAAAAUUGUGAUUUACAA